UAUGACAAGACAUUGCUAACUGUAGCUUUUAUAAUGGAUGUAAAUACUGUGGAAGAUGAAGACGUAUCCUUCCAUUUGGGGGAAAUGUUUGAUAGUUAUGAAGAACUGGAACUUAAAUUGGAGAAAUUCUCAAAGCGUAGUCUAGUCCAUUACUGGAGAAGAGAUAGCAGAACAGUUAGCGGUGCUCAUAUGAAAACUGCUCGUCCAAUUAGUGAACGUUUAAAGUAUUAUUCAGUAAAAUAUGCUUGUAUUUAUGGUGGUCAAAAGUUUUUACCUACUACUGUUUUAUGUAGAUCAAUAAGAACAAAUUGUCCUGCUCAUAUUAUGUUAAGGGCAUCGAAAGAUGGUACAAAAUUAGAGGUAACUAGUGUCAAUAACGAACAUAAUCAUGAAAUCUCAGAGGAAUUGUUUAAGAAUCUUCCACAAGAAAGAAAAUUAUGUGGUGAGAUUAAACAAGAAGUACAAGAUCUUAUGCAGUUACAUAUUGAUCGUAAGAGAUUAAAAGAAUAUGUACGAUUACGAACAAACAAGAUACUUAGGUCCAAAGAUUUAUUUAAUAUAGCAGCAGCAAAUAAGCAAAAGAGGAAUAUAACACCAGAGAGAGCAUAUCAACUGUUUAAAAAGAUUCAUGACAUAGAGAAGAUGCAAGGCAAAGAUAUUGACAGAAAGAUCUAUUCUGAAUCUGAAGACGAAAUUGCACAAACAAUAAAGAGGAUAAAAAAAGAACAAGAAUCUCCUUGGGGACAAGAUGGAUUACCAACUGAAUUGGAAGUAAGUGAAGGAAAUGGUGGCGAUGAUUCUUAUAGCGGUCAAUUAACUCAAGAAGAAGUAGUAGACGAAAUUGAUACAACAGAGGGCGAACUAUUGAGAACAAAUAACAAUGGGGAUAUUAUAACAGCAAAUGGUGAAAUUGUAGGAGAGUUAGUAAUGCAAGAUGAAGACCCAUCUGUAAUUGUUGAAUCUAUCGUAAAUGCUGAUGGUUCUGUAUUCGUAGACGAGCGAGAAUUUCAUACUUACUGUAACAAUCAUUUGUCACAUACCGUAGAUGCUAGCCAAUCUCCCAGUACUAGAGUCUUAGAUAUCGAAACAAUUACACCUACUACAGACAUGGAAAAAAUAAAGAGAAUAUCGACAUCCCCUAAAGAACAAAAUAGACCUCUUACACCACAGUCGCAACAGGCAACAAAAUCACCGCCGAAUACUUUCGACGAAAAUACAAAUUCUAGAAUUUGGAUUAUGAAAGAAGGUACAAACGCAGAGGCAGAACCUGAUAGUGAACCUGACAGCGAGGUAAAUGGUUCAAAGUCAGCAACAACUGUAAAAGCAGAUAUUGAUGCAUCUGAGGUAAUACUGUCAGACGAGGCCAGUCAGCAAUUGCUUCAGGAACAGCUGGCAGUACUUCGUGCGGAGAAGGGGAAGCUAUAUCAUGAAACUGAAAUGUUAAAACUGAAAAAGGAUAAAUUAAAGUUACAAAUGAGCUGUUAUUCGAACGAGAUACGAAAGCAAGAAAUGGAAAAGGAAAAAUUACGGCUCGAAAUAAAAUUGUUGCAAUCGAAAGUUAUGGAAGAUUCUAACGAUGUUUCUCAUUAUAUUUUUGUGCCUUGA